CACCACCAAGCUGGGCGUCGGGGAGAUGGCCGAGACUGACCCCAAGACUGUGCAGGAUCUCACCUCGGUGGUGCAGACACUGCUGCAGCAGAUGCAAGAUAAAUUUCAGACCAUGUCUGACCAGAUCAUUGGGAUAAUCGAUGACAUGAGUAGUGGCAUUGAUGAUCUGGAGAAGAACAUCGCAGACCUCAUGACACAGGCUGGGGUGGAAGAACUGGAAGGUGAAAACAAGGUACCUGCCACACAAAAGAGCUGAAGGUUGCUAAUAAUUUAUACCGGAAUCUGGAACACCACUUUUCCAAGCCAAGAGAAAACUGAAUGGCUUUCUGCAGCUAACUACGAUGUGUAGACAGGUUUAUAUUAUAACGUGUGCAUUCUUACCACAUUCUGUAUACUUAGUUUAUAGAGCGAUUUGCCCCCCAGUUUCUUGAACAUGGUAUCUUCACAUCUUGGACCUUGGUCAGUUGUGCUGUUCAUUAUUAAACACUAAAACUUUGGCGGUUCCUGCAUAAAAUUGUCAGAUUUUUCAGUGUAUUUUUGUGAAGUCAUAUUUUUUUUCUUGCCAUUCCUUUUGUAGUAGUUGCUGUUUGGAUAAAAGUUGCUGUGUCAUUUUUUAUUGGACAAGUAGUAAACCCUUCUAGUCUUGGUGAA